CCCAACCCCCUUCCUAUGAUAAUAUAUUGAUAGAACUGCAGGAGUUUAUAUACAGUGUGCAUCACUCAGUGCUGUCCCUGUUCCAUCUGCAAGGCAUUCCUGUUAUUGAGCAGAUGGGAAGUGAUCACUUCAACUUCCUGUCCAGCAGCACACAGUCCCUGGAGGAGCUGGGACACCUCUAUAACUGUUCCUACAGCUCUGCUAUCAG